AUGCAAGUGACAAUUUCUUGUGGAUCAACACAAAUCCCAUUCGAUGUUUCGACAAUCACAAAACUCGGCGAAUUUCGCGAUUUUAUAGCGCAAGAAAAUGAGUUGGAUCGUGACGCAAUGAAGAUUUUGCAUCGCGGAAAGAUUUUGAGCACGGAUGAUGAGAUUGCGAUUGAAAGUGUAGGAUUCAAGGAGGGCGACAAGGUUAUUGUGAUGGGUGGAAAGAAAAUGGCGAUUAAGGUGAGUGAUUUGGGGGGAAUUUUUUCAAGCCGAAAUUUAGCUUCAAUUCAUUUCAAAUUUUGGUUUUUCUGGCGCCAAAAUUUAGAUAUUUCAAUUUUUCCAAAAUUCAUGAAGUUCUACAAAUCGCCCCGGCCAAUUUCUGCUUUAAAAAUCACCUCAAUUUUUCCAGGACGAUCCCGGUUUCUCAGCCCUUCUUCAAUACGAAAAACACAAUCUCAACAAUCUCCAAAAAACAUUCGACGAACUUUCGAAAGAUCUCACCGAACUCGAAAAAGGCUAUCUCGAAAAGCCGAAACAAAUCGAAAUGAUCAAAAAAUUCGACAAACGUCUCAAACAAUUCAACGAAGAAUCCGAAAGACAUUUGGAAUCGAUCGAUGGAAUUCAGAUAAUUCGAGAAAAUACGCCGGAAAAUCAAGUGAAAAGAAAUCGAGAAAAAAGGAAGACGUUGAUUAGUGGAGUGCAGGAUUUGUUGAAUCAAAAUGAUAAAUUUGUGAAGAGAUUGGAGGAAUAUGAAAAGAAAUUGAUGGGAGAAAUUGUUGAGUAG